UUUAAGUGAACUGAGAUGAACGACCGCUCAGACUGUGACUUGAUUCUCUCACCCACUGACCUCUAGAAGUCCUCUCUAAUAUCCGUGGAACAGAUUGGAAAUGAGGAUUUUUCUGUCACUGUUGAUGGCGAUGUCUGUCUGUGGUAAAGUAAAUAACACAGGCAACUUUAAUGGCAACGUACUGCUGCCAUGUGACUGCUCGACCGAAGCCUUUCAAUGGCAAAUGGAGCAUCCUAUGUUGGCUCUAAUGUUGAUGCACAACCACAACAAUACAGAAGUCAGUGACAACUACAAGAACAGAGUUGAAAUAGUAAGAAGGGAGAACAGCGGCGACUGCUCUGUCCUCCUAAAAGACAUCAAAGCCAGUGACCAGGGAAAAUACUCAUGCCGCUUCCGUAGCAAGGAUACUAAGAAUAUUACUUACAAGUAUUAUAUGAUUCAUCUCAGCAUUUUUGAUAAAUACACUGUUUGUAUGACUGAUGAUUCAAGUGGGAAUACCUACCUGUGUGAUGUACAAGGACAUAACCUGCAGGCUGGGAUUCAAUGGCUUUUAAAUGGAACAAGUAACUUGGCCUCAGCUCAAGUAACCUACACAACUUGUGUUUGUGAUGAUACUGGCUACUGUCAUUUAAGGAGCAAACUCACUACGUACUACCCAGGGGCUGUAUGUUCUGUGAAGACCGAAGACAUCUCACCUCACUUCAACAUAUGCAGUGGUAAUAACCAUGGCAACUAUUCAACUGUUUAUUCCACAGAUAAAGCACCCAGAUCAUCUGGAGAAAAGUGCCUAAGUUACUUCAAUGACCUCCCCAAUGUUUUACAGCUUGGACUGUGGACUUUGGUCUGGUUGAAAAGUUGAGAAGAAGAUGAAGGUUGAAACCAAUAUUAUUCUUGCUUCAAAGUCUGUGAAAAAGUCUGUGAAAACAUUUUAAUUGCUUUCCUAAGAUGCAUAGGCACUAAGACCAAGGAGAACACAAACCAAGGGAACUAUACACUUUCUACUGGCAGUUAUUACCAGUUGAGCUGGACCUCUAUAACCACCAGUGGUUGAUGAUUCUUGAUAUCCAUCAGUGUCAGACUUGUUUCACCAGAGAUACAAGGAGUGUGGACUAAAAAUUAAUUUAUUCAAUUAUUCAUCUUCUUCCAUGUAGUCGAUAGGCUGGAAAGUUGUCCAUAUAACCUGUGUCAUUGUGACACAGCACAUCACCCCAGUGGGACCUGCCGGCUGGUGGAUUUGCACCUGCAACCUUCCUGACAUAAAUCCUCUUUCUUAACCACCAACUACCCAGAGAAAGCGGAGAAAACCUAUCCACUGACUGUGGGUGUAUUCAUACAGAAAGAACAUCGAUUAUCUCCUAGGAUUGCACCAGUGGAUCAUUUUGAUGUGAGGCAACACGAUGAACCGCCCCUUGCCAUUUGGCCUGAAAUGACUUGUACAUAAAGAAAAAGAGCCAAAAGCAGAGAUGCCUUGGCAUUGACAAUAUUAUGGUUUUGUCAUUUUAUUAUAAAAAUCACCAUUCCAGGACUAAUAGUUCACAUGUGCUGUCGCCUCUUCUUUCACCUUAUUCUGGCCACUUUGAGCUCUGCAUAUUAAAACACUCUCUAUGUAUCAAUAUGCAACAGAGUGUCAAUUGUAACAUUAUAAAACUGAGCCACAAACCUCUUUUUCACUAAGAGUAACAUUGAAAGCAAAGCGAGUUUACCUGUUUGAUGUGAUGUGUUUGUAUGAUUUUUAGAAAUUAUAUAUUUUUUUUUACUGAAAUGUACUCCACACUGAAUGUACAUAUAUUUUACAUUAUGUGUAUUCAAAUGUACCAUAUAUAAGAUUAGACUUCCUUAACUGUAAAGAUACGUAAAAUACACAAAAACAUAAGAUACUUUUUAGUAGGAAAAGGGAAGGAAGUAGGAACAACAACAAAUACUUUAAAUUUUGUAUCAUUACUCAAGUAUGUUUUGAGAAAGCAGAGGUAAAGGUCAAAAUAGGAAAACACAAAAGAUGUUCUUUCUCAGGUAUGAAAGAAACAAAAACUCACUCCAUGUUUGGAUAGCAGAGUGUGAGAACAUGCCUGUUAAAUUUGUUGUGAAACCUUUCAGAGUGUGUAAGAUCCUGCCGUCCUCAAUAAUCCAAUAUGUGAGUAAACACAUUGUGAAGAAUCAAUAUUGAUAUUUAUUGAAGAAGUUUUUGAGCAUGUUAUUGUUUAAAAACACAUUUUCUUUAACUUUUUAUCAAAGUACAGAAUGAAGUUAGAAUGAUUAAUUAUCACCAAAAUCAAAGUGGAGUAUACCAGAAGGAAGGAGAGCGUGUGUACUUAGUUUAUACAGUUGCGAAAAACAUGGAUAAGUGUAAGUGGUUGUAAAGUUUAAGGAGUGUCAUGAAAAUUAAUAUUAUUAUAGGAAGGUGUGUACAAAGAAGAGGGACAAGUGAGAGUGACAACAGCCUGGAGGGUAAAGUAUAAAACCUGCUGACUGAUAACUAAGGCAUGAGUCAUGAAAUAUUGUGAUGUUGUUAAGGUAAAUACAAAAAUCAAGUACUCAACAUGAUAUGCACCUAAUAUACCUAAUAUGCAGGUUCUUUUUUGUGAAAAUGGAAAGAAAUUUGUGUUUGUUAUCAUUUUGUAUCUUGAAAUUUGAAAAAAACAUUGAAGACAUGAUUAAUAUUGUCCUGUUCGGUCUUACAGUCUCUAUCGAUGCCAUGCGUCGCCAGUACGUGACUUUUUUCCACGAACAGGAGCCUGGUCUUUAGUUCACCCGUGUGAGAACAGGCUAUUACAGGCAAUUACAGCCGAAAACUCUGCUGUAACAGCUGAUCUCAAGUUUACUCACGUCUAACGAUACGUCAUCAUUAUGUGUGACGUCCCAGGAAGUGAUACAGCGGAGGGGUUAGCUCAAGGCUAACUGAGGGAAGGAAAUUAGUCUGUGUUUUGAUCAGUUAAAUGUUUCCGCAAUUCUGGACAAGGCUAACAUUUUGUCCACGGAAUUGUGAAGCUCAUUAGUGCUUGAUCAGAUAUGGGCCAGAGAGGAAGAGCAGUGUUGCAGAGUAAUGCUUCACAACAGGAAAGUUCUGGAACUUCCCAAGAUGCUCUAAAGCACAACAGGAAGCAUAACAUUUGCAUGGUGUCUGAUUUUUUCUAUCCUAAUAUGGGAGGAGUGGAGAGUCAUAUUUACUUGCUUUCUCAGUGUCUGAUUGAAAAGGGACACAAAGUGGUGAUCGUAACCCAUUCCUAUGGCAAGAGGAAAGGUGUCCGGUACCUGACCAAUGGGCUCAAGGUCUACUACCUCCCCCUGCAGGUGAUGUACAAUCAGUCCACGGUAACCACCUGCUUCCACAGCCUUCCACUUCUUCGAUGUGUUCUGGUCAGAGAGCGCAUCACAGUGGUGCAUGCACACAGUUCAUUCUCUGCACUGGCUCACGACUCACUGUUCCACGCCAAGACCAUGGGCCUUAACACAGUUUUCACUGACCACUCCCUCUUUGGCUUUGCUGAUAUCAGCUCGGUGCUGACCAACAAGCUUCUGACGAUAACGCUGUGCGACACCAACCAUAUUGUGUGUGUGUCAUACACCAGUAAGGAGAACACUGUACUCCGAGCGGCCCUCAACCCAGAGAUAGUGUCGGUUAUUCCGAAUGCCGUUGAAUCUACAGAUUUCACUCCUGAUCCCUCGCAGCGACGAGACGACAGGAUUACUAUUGUUGUCAUCAGCCGUCUCGUCUACCGUAAAGGGAUCGACCUCCUGGGAGGAAUUAUUCCAGAGCUCUGCCUCAAACAUCCUGAUCUUAACUUCCUAAUUGGUGGAGAGGGACCAAAGAGACUUGUGCUGGAAGAAGUGAGAGAAAAGUACCAACUGCACGACAGGGUGCGUCUUCUCGGGGCCUUGGAACAUAAAGAUGUUCGUAAUGUUUUGGUGCAGGGUCACAUUUUUCUCAACACGUCUCUGACUGAAGCUUUCUGCAUGGCCAUCGUGGAAGGAGCCAGCUGUGGACUUCAGGUGGUGAGCACUUGUGUCGGGGGCAUUCCCGAGGUCUUACCUGAGGAUCUUAUCACCCUGUGUGAGCCAAAUGUGCGGUCAUUAUGCGCCGGUCUGGAGAAGGUCAUUGCCCGGCAGCGGUCUGGCGCAGUCCCUACUCCAGCCUCCAUCCAUGCCAGGGUGAAAAACCUAUACACUUGGAGAAAUGUUGCAGAGAGGACAGAAAAGGUGUACGACAGAGUGGUGGGAGAGGAGGUCCUUCCGCUGCACAUGCGAAUACAAAGGCUGCGGUCUCACUGUGGUCCUGUUGCUGGCUCUAUCUUUGCCUUCGUGGCGGUCCUGGACUUCCUGUUUCUGCUGCUCCUGCAGUGGUUGGUCCCAGACCAAAUCAUGGACUUGGCAGUGGAUGCAUCUGGUCCAUUCGGAAUGUGGAAUCAAGAAUCGGGCAUUAAAAAAAGAACCUCAUCUCAAAAGAGCUAACGCGCUACCUCACCUCUAACCACCAGAGGUCACACUUAUCAUGAACAGUCUUAGCAUUGUUUACAUUUUCUUAUCAAAGGGACCUUGUAUAAAAGUAUUUGUUCUGACAGAUCGAAGGACUAUAUAUUUUUAUUAACAUAAUGCAGCAUCUUGUGUACAGCACUGACCAGAUGGGGUUGAAAGGGCUGAACACCCGUAGACACUAAUGUUGCACGCACUUUUGUUUUAUUAUUGGAGCAACAGCCAUAUUUCUUUUAAAGAAUAUCAUCUUCUCAAACUCUGUGGUUUUUAAUUAUAGCGUUCAGAGGAAGACGUCUUCAUUUCACCUGACAAACAAGAUACUGUGGGUUUGUACAACAGCAAUGCCCUGAUGAAAGCGGGGGUUGCACAAGUCAUUAACCAAAAAUCCACCUCAGUGAGCCUGUCAAGCAGAGCAGGAACAAUUAAAUCAAAAUUAAA